AUGGCAGUGACGGUGGAGAUCACGCAGAGCACGGUGCUCGAGCCCUCACGGGAGUCGGCCCGCGGCGGCGGCAAGAAGGUGCCUCUCACCGUCUUCGACCGCGCCUCCACGGACGGGUACAUCCCGGCCGUCUUCGCGUGGAACGCGCCGGCGCCGACCAACGAGGCGCUCAAGGCCGGCCUCGUCGCCGCCGUCGCCAGGUUCCCGCACCUUGCCGGGAGGUUCGCUGCCGACGACCACAGCCGGAAGUGCUUCCACCUCAACGACGCCGGGGUGCUUGUCCUCGAGGCCACCGUGGAGGCGGACCUUGCCGACGCGCUGGCGCACGACGUGUCCGCGCACAUCAACGAGCUCUACCCGAAGGCCGAAAAGGAACGUGCGAAUGAGCCCAUCUUCCAGGCGCAGCUGACGAGGUACGCGUGCGGCGGUCUGGUGAUCGGCACCGCCUGCCACCACCAGGUUGCCGACGACGGCGGCGAGGAGCUGGCGUCGACGGCAGCGACGCCGGGCACAAUGUUUUGCCCUGACCUGGAGGUUGACAGCUGGCUCGGGUUCCGCUUCCACGACCUCGACUUUGGCUGCGGGCCGCCCUGCGCGUUCCUACCGCCGGAUCUGCCCAUCGAAGGAAUAAUGAUCUUCGUGCCGUCCUGCGACCCCAAGGGCGGUGUCGACCUCUUCAUGGCGCUCGAUGACGAACACGUCCAGACCUUCAAGCAGAUAUGCUACUCCAUGGACUAG